AUGGCACCUGUCUGGGUUAGGCUUCCUGGUCUUCUGCUGGAGUUCUGGGAUGAGCAAAUCUUCUGCUGGAUAGGGAACUCAUUUGGUAGCUAUGUUAUAGCAGACUCGAUCACUCUCAAUAAAUCCAGGAGAAGGAACUACAUCAAAAGUAUCAAGGAUGAAACUGGCCAAGAGAUCACUGGAGAGUCACUAAUUGGACAGAGUGCUUCUGACUUUUUCAUAAGGUUGUACUCGAAGGAUGGUGGAAGGGAUGUUGCUCUUCAGGAUUUCCUUGUGAGUAAGCUUUUGACUGUCAUCAAGGAGGAGGAUAACUGCCAACUAACUGCCCCUAUCUCUGCUGAAGAAGUCUGCAUGGUUGUCUUUGCUAUGGGGGCUUAUAAGACCCCAAAUUCGGAUGGUUUCCCCCCGACGUUCUUUCAGGAUUACUUGGACAUUGUUAGCUAUGAUGUCACCAAAGUUGUGCAAGAUUUAUUUAAGACGGGGAAAUUACUAAAAAAAAUCAUCAACACUUACAUUGUUCUUGUCCCCAAGACCACAAAUCCUAGUUGCUUGAAGGAGUUUUGA